ACUUGCUUUCUUUUUCGCUAAACGUCACUUUUGGUUGGUAUUGUUUUUGCGAGUGCUUCAACAAAUAUCCCAAUUUUUUUUAAUUUUAGUCAUCAAACGUUAGAAAAUAAUAUAAGAAAAAUGCCACACAUGGUGACUAUGGGUAAUGGCCAAAGCCAAACCAUCCAAGAGAUGUUGGCAUGCAUCGAAAGAUACAACCCCGACCAUUUAAAGACAUUGGAGUCAUAUGUCGAGGAACAGGCCAAAAACAAUACCUAUGAUCUGGAGGCAAAUUUAGCCGUCUUGAAGUUGUAUCAAUUCAAUCCCCAUAUGCUAAACUAUCACAUUACCAAUACCAUUCUGUUGAAGUGUCUCACCAACCUGCCACAUACCGAUUUUGUUAUGGCCAAGUGUUUGUUGCUGCCACAACAAAUGAAAAACGAAAUUGUUCAGACCAUUAUUGAUUUGGCUGAUAUUUUGGAACGUGCCGAUUUCACUUUGUUCUGGCAGAGAGCUGAUAUGAACACAAUGUUAUUCCGUCACAUUGCCGGUUUCCAUGAUUCGAUACGCAAAUUUGUUUGCCAUGUCGUGGGCAUUACCUUCCAGACAAUUAAAAAGGAUUUGCUGAAGGAGCUCUUGGGUGGUAUUGAAGAUUCUACAUUGGAAAAAUGGGUAAAACAAAAUGGCUGGAAGACUCAAGGUAGUCUAGUAUUAAUUGCAUCCCAAGAUGAGAAAAUCAAAACCAAGAAUAUCACCGAAAAGAUUGAAUUCGACAAUCUGGGAGGUUUGAUGGCACAAUGCUUGUAAAGUGGAUAAAAAAAUUUACCAACCAACUACCACCAGAGGAUAAAAAACAUUAUAUUCCACUCAAUAUAAAACUCUUUUUCUAUAGUAAAAAAUAAAAAUUUGAAACAUCAUAUGAGUUUUCAUAGAAAAGA